AUAAAAAAACACAGCGAACAAACAUAAGAGCAGGUUGUUUUUCUUAAAGGCCACACGGAAGACGCCCUGCCCCUUUCACUGAAAGGAAGAACAGCCAAACCACCAGGAAUAGGUGUUUGUGCAUAUUUGUUACUUGUUGAAUGGCUUAAGUUGAUGGGUCUCUGGUUUUGUGAUUUAUGCUUUGGUAGAGUAAUGGAUUUGAAACCUGGAGCUGGAGGGCAGAGAGUUAAUCGUUUUGUGGAUCCGAUUAGUUAUCAUUUUCUUCAAUUUCUGUGGCGUACUCUACAUCUUCUUGUCAGCUUAUGGUACCUUCAAGUUAGUAUGGUCCAAAUGAUCGAAGGCUUUCUAAUCUCUAGUGGACUUGUGAAACGCUAUGGAGCCCUCGAUAUUGACAAGGUCCGGUACCUUGCCAUUGUGGUAGAUAGUGAAGAAGCUUACCAAAUUUCUAAAGUUAUUCAGCUUUUGAAAUGGGUGGAAGAUAUGGGUGUGAAACAUUUAUGCCUCUAUGAUUCAAAAGGAGUUCUCAAGACAAACAAGAAAACCAUCAUGGAGAGUUUGAACAAUGCUAUGCCAUUUGAGGAAGCAGUUGAAAAAGAUGUUUUACUGGACCAGAAACAGAUGACUGUGGAAUUUGCUUCCAGCUCCGAUGGAAAGGAAGCAAUAACCAGGGCAGCUAACGUACUCUUUAUGAAGUAUUUGAAGUAUGCUAAAACUGGUGUAGGAAAGGAAGAACCAUGCUUUACAGAAGAUCAAAUGGAUGAGGCACUAAAAGCUAUAGGUUACAAAGGGCCGGAACCUGACUUGCUAUUAAUUUAUGGACCUGUUAGAUGCCAUCUAGGUUUCUCACCGUGGAGACUUCGAUAUACUGAGAUGGUGCAUAUGGGACCCUUGAGGUACAUGAACCUCGGUUCACUAAAAAAGGCCAUUCACAGGUUCACAACAGUGCAGCAAAAUUAUGGUACAUGAGCUGCCUACCAUCAGAGAUUGUUGGAUUGGAUAACUGGCCCAGAGGGGUAGGUCUUGGGUUUGGGUAGAUUUCUGCCUCUGCAAAUUUUCAUUAUACUCUUUCAUAUGUAAGCUUGCUUAUUCAACUGAUAAUCAUUUAAGUUAAGCAGAUAAUUUAUGCUGUAAUAUUCGGCUAAAUUAUGUAAAAUAAAGCUGUUUUGACAUCA